AUGGAAGCAGCGGGGGGGCUGAAGGGGCUGGAGAGAAUCCCUCCUCUGCUGAGCCAGAAGCUGGAGAUGCGUCGUCGUCGCCUGGCGACUCAGCAGGCCCAGGAAGCGUUGUUUCUGCAUUCUCAGACGCAGGCGGGGAAGCCGGUGAAGCCACGGGCGGGACUGCCUGGAGAGGCGGAGACGGGAUCACCCGGAGAGGCGGCCGCGCUGGCAAGGCGGGUCUUGGAGGUGGCCGCGGCGCUGGCAGGGGCGGGGGGGCCUCGGGGACUGUUCUCCACCCCCUGCGCGUCCUGCGGGGGGUCCGGGCAGGUCCCGGGGGUUUCAGGGGAAUUCCCAGGGUUUGCUCUGUCCCCGCCCCGCGCUGCCCCGGUCACUUUCGCGUCUCCCAAGCUGCGGCUCCGGGACCCGCCCGGGCACCGGGGACGGCCCCGGUACCGGGACCCCCCUGACCCGCAAUUCCCGGGCACGGGGACCCCCGAACUUCCAUUUCCGGGCGAACCCCCCUUCCCGGGCACAGAGAUCCCUUCGAACGUUGAUUUUGGGGCAUCGGGACUCCCCUUUCUCCACUCACUGCAUUACCUGAAAGUGGCAGUGUCAGAGCCCAGCCCGGGAAUCCCCCAGUACAUGUCCAUGGGGUACCUGGAUGGGAUCCCCUUCGUGCGUUACGACAGCGAGCGGGGCUGGGCAGAGCCGCUGACACAGUGGAUGAAGGACGGAGUCGAGCCAGAAUAUUGGGAGAAGCAGACCCAGAUCAAUGAGGGGAACCAGCACGUCGCUGUCCAGCACCUGGAGAUACGGCAGGAGCGAUACAACCAGAGCGGGGGUCUCCACACCGUACAGUGGCUUUCCGGCUGUGAACUCCUGUCCGAUGGGAGCGUCCGUGGGUCCUACCAGAAUGGCUACGACGGGCGGGAUUUCAUCUCCUUUGACUUGGAAUCCGGGAGAUUCGUGGCGGCCGACAGAGCUGCUGAGAUCACCAGGAGGCGCUGGGAACAGGAAGGGACCGUGGCUGAGGGUUGGAUGAAUUACCUGAAGCACGAAUGCCCAAAAUGGCUCCAGAAAUACGUUGCAUAUGGGCAGAAGGAGCUGGAGCGCAAAGAGCCCCUUGAUGUCCACGUGUCAGGAAGAGAGGAACACGGGACGCUGAUCCUGUCUUGCCACGUGUACGGAUUCUACCCCAACACCAUCGCAGUCAGCUGGAUGAAGGGGGGUGAAACCUUGGAUCAGGAGACAGAGUGGGGCGGGAUCGUUCCCAACAGCGACGGCACCUUCCACACCUGGGCCAGGAUCGAGGCGCUGCCGGAGGAGCGGGAGCAGUACCGGUGCAGGGUGGAGCAUCCCGGAAUGCCGGAGCCCGGGAUCUUCGCUUGGGAGCGAACAUCUGGCGGGAAUCUCACCGUGGUGGUCGCUGUGUCCGUCAUCGCUGCCAUCCUCAUCCUCAUCGUCCUCAUCGGAUUCGGCGUCUGGAAGCUCCAAUCCGGGAGGAGGGACAGGAAUGGAUACAACCAGGCAGCCGGAAAAGACAUGGGAAUGAACGGCUCCACUGCAGGAAUCAUCGCCUGAGUGACCCAUGGAGCUGGAUCUGGCCCCUUCCCUCUUCCCUGGAAAGCGACCCUGCUGUGAUGGUGGCAGCAGCCGCGGCUCGGGGCGCC